AUGGGAGCGUCGGCGGCGAUGCUGAAGGCUGGGUCGGCAGCGGCGGCGCCGCUGCGCGUCAAAGCUUUGAUCUUCCUACUCCUUGCAAAUGAAAUUGUUUUUUCUGCAGCUGAACAGAGAGCAAACGUGGUGCUUGCACUGACUCUGCAGGAGCGGCUGAACACCAAGUGCGAAGCCCUCAGCAACAGCCUCUGCCAGGGGGGCAAUGAUUCUCUGUGCCAAAACCCCGCAGUCUACGCCCGGCGCUUCCCCGCGAGCAGCGGCGCCCUCGGAGUCUGGCGCUGCUACGCAGGGGCCACCAUCAACCUCAGUGCCCACAGCCUAGCUUGCGUCACCAACUGUGGGGACCCCAUGAACUGCUCCGGACAGCUCACCCACAUCUCUCCAAUCUAUUUCGAUAGCAACUCCGACAUGGUGGCAAUCAUCAAGCAGGAAAAGGUCAGGUACUGCGGAAACUCGCGCUCUCGGCUGUCCACCGCCGCGGCGGCCAGCGGGCUGCAGACGCUGCUGGACGCGGAAUGCCUGAAGCUGCACGCGAAAUCGUGCAUGGAAGGGCAACAGCAGUUCUGCCAGCCCGCCGUGUCGCGUUUCAAAAGCAACGGGCCCUCGGGAAAGUCCUUCAGCUGCUACAAAACCAACGAGCUCAACUACGCCACCACUGACAACAGCUGUGUGGACAACUGCGGCAACCCAGUCGCAUGCGCUGGCGCCGUUGGCUACGCCAGCGUUUACGGCGAAGAACAAACGAAGCUCCGCCAGGUUGUAGAAACCAUGACGGACGCUAUGUGCAACAUCAGCGCACGCAACUGA